UAUGUGGCUGAGACUCUUCUUCACCUUCGUCUUCGGCUCCUGCGGCUGCCGGGCGGCGUCAGUCUUUCUGGAUCCAGAUCAAGCCCAUGGCAUCCUGGUCCGGACUCGGAGGUAUAACUCCGGCUGGCUGGAGGAGCUCCAGAUGGGAGAUCUGAAGAGGGAGUGUCUGGAGGAGAAAUGCUCCUACGAGGAGGCCCGGGAGGUGUUCGAACACACCGAGACCACGAACGAAUUCUGGAAAAUAUACAACAUCCCAGACAGCUGUAAGUCGAACCCCUGCCUGAACGGCGGCAGCUGCUCCACCCAGGGUUCAUCCUACACCUGCUACUGCCUGCCAGAGUUCAGCGGACUCAACUGUGAGCUCGAGUACCUGGACGUUCCCGACACCUGCCUGCUGGAGAACGGAGGUUGUGACCAUUUCUGUGACGAAGAGGCGGGAGGACGUAGUCUAAACUGCUCGUGUGCAGAUGGCUACUUCCUGGACGUUGACGGGCGGAGCUGUGUAGCAAAUGAGUCGGUAGUGUGCGGCAUGGUCCCCAUCCUGGAGGGGGAAAACAAAGCCAAUCAGCUCGACCCUCGAGCUCGAAUUGUCGGAGGAACCGAAUGCCCCAAAGGUGAAUGCCCCUGGCAGGUUUUGCUGGUGUACAAAGGCAAAGGUUUCUGUGGAGGAGUGAUUUAUAAACCCACAUGGAUCCUCACAGCAUCUCACUGCCUGGAGGACACCGACGCUCAGUUCCUGAAGGUGGUCGCAGGUGAACACAACACGGUGGUCAACGAGGGCACGGAGCAGCUCAUCCAGGUUGCCGAGAUCAUCAUGCACGAGAACUACGAGACACGCACCGCCAACAACGACAUCGCCCUCCUUCGCCUGGCGUCGCCCAUCACCUACACCACUUACGCCGUCCCGGCCUGCCUGCCGACGCGGCCCCUGGCCGAGCGCGACCUCUGGGCCGUCAGCCUGCACACGGUGAGCGGCUGGGGCAGGAGGAGCGAGAACGGACCCACCUCACACCUCCUGCGGCGUCUGAAAGUGCCGCGGAUCCGGACCCAGCAGUGUGUGGAGGAGAGUGGCGUGGUGCUCUCCAAGAACAUGUUCUGCGCCGGGUACAUCGAGGGCCAGCAGGACUCGUGUAAAGGCGACAGUGGUGGACCCCUGGUGACAGAGUACAAAGGGACGGUGUUCCUGCUGGGCAUCGUCAGCUGGGGGAAGGGUUGCGCACGACCUGGCAACUACGGCAUCUACACUCGAGUGUCCAACUACCUGGAGUGGAUCCACAACCGAACAAUGCCGCCGCCACCGCCGCCAGCUCAGCCAACAAACAACACCACGACUUCCUCACACAACGUGAAUGCAAGGGCGGAGCUACAACAUUUACUGCAGUCAAACAUGUUUGUAGAGAAGCACGAGGCCAACGGCGUGCUGCAAAGAUGGCGGCGAGCGAACAGCGGCUUCCUGGAGGAGCUAAAACAAGGAAACCUGGAGAGAGAAUGCAUUGAGGAGAUCUGCAACUACGAGGAGGCGCGAGAAGUUUUCGAGGACGAAGACAAGACGAAGCAGUUCUGGCUGACGUACGAACGUCGUGACCCCUGCUUGGAUAACCCGUGUCAAAACAACGCCACAUGUAUCUACAUGAGGACGUCCUACCAGUGUUUAUGUCCUGAGGGCUUUGAUGGACAAUACUGUGAGACAGUGGUAGAAGACUUACUGAAGUGUCUAUACCAGAACGGACACUGUGAGCAUUUCUGCGACGGCUCGGGUGAGCGCAGUAAAUGUUCCUGCGCUGACGGAUACAAACUGGGAGCGAACGGACGCCAAUGUAUCGCUCAGGUGGAGUAUCCGUGUGGUCGGCUGGCUCCACAGAAAACGGACCUGAACCAGAGUGUCGUGGGUCAGACCCGGCUGGUGGGAGGUAACCACUGCCCCAAAGGAGCGUGUCCUUGGCAGGUUCUGGUUCAGUUACAUGGAGACAGCCACUGUGGAGGUGUUCUAAUCAAUCCGGACUGGGUCGUCACCGCUGCCCACUGUAUCCACGGCAACAACCCCCAAAACCUCACUGUGGUGGCAGGGGAACACAACUUGGACGUGGAAGAGGGCACAGAACAGAGGAUACCUGUUGCCGUGGCGAUCGCCCAUGAAGGCUACGUCCCGGAGACCGGUGACAGCGAUGUCGCCUUGCUGAAACUGAAUCGGUCCGUCACCUUGAACCGCCACGCCAUCCCCAUCUGCCUGCCGACCGCAGACUUUGCCCUGCAGGAGCUCCUGCUGACCCGCUACCACACCGUGUCCGGCUGGGGCAAGAAGACCACCGGGGGCAACAAGGAGCCCGGUGCCACGCACGCCGCCCCGUUGUCCCCCAUCCUCCGCAAACUUUCCGUCCCAAUCAUCCAGAACUCCCAGUGCUCAGACAGGGCCCAGUUCAACUUCACCCACAACAUGCUGUGCGCGGGAUACCUGGAGGGUGGUCAGCAGAGCUGCCGCGGUGACGACGGGAGCCCGCUGGUCACGCUCUACGGCUCCACCCACUUCCUGACGGGCGUGGUGGGCUGGGGGCGGGGCUGUUCACACCCGGGGUAUUACGGGGUGUACGCCAACAUGGCCAACUUUGUGGAGUGGGUGCAGAGCAUCAUGACGUCAGCAGCCAAUGAGAAUACACCGGAGAGCGCUGCAGCGUCGACUUCAGACUUACUGCAGCAGAAACUUGUUUAAUAAAAGAUCAUUUUUAGGAAGCAACAACUGUUUUUGUUUUUACAGUUUAAUUCUUUGUGUCAUGAAACAUAAGCAGGACGUUUAAGUGCUGUAAUUCUCCAGUUUUAUCGUCGGGUUGGAUAAUGAUUUACUUUUUAUUUAUG